CAGGCACGGGGCCGCGCGAGUUUCCUUCAGUUUCGUUUCUGAUCCCAUAGUGUUUCUGCUCAGCUCCAAUUGCGGUCGCGCGCGCAAACUUUGGACCCCCGCGUGUUGUUGGACCUUCCGGAAGUAGAGCGAAUGGAGGGCUGAGGUGAUGAGCUCCCCACCAAAGAAGGAUCACGUAGUAUGUUGAAGGCCUCUGCGCCAGUCAGAUCAGUCGGGAUGUUCAGUGAAGGACACAGAGCUGGAGGGAGCGGUGCAGAUGUGGAGGAUGAGUUUGCGUGUGCCGGGAUGCUGCGCGGGUCCCUGACCUCGCUGCACGGGACCGUGGAGCGGAUCUUCAGGGUGACCUUCAAUAUCGGAGUGGAUGGGCCACCUCACGGCAGUGGUGGGCAGAUAUGGCUGAAGCUGCGGGGAGCGAGCGCCAACGUGGAAGCUGCCAAGCUGUUCACGAAGGGGCUGGUCAACCAGGAGGAGCAGAAGGAGGUGUCGUAUCCGGAGGUCCUUCACUGCAUUUUCUGUGGAGCCAAAGGGCUGUUCAUGGACAGCCUAAUCAGAAAUACCUCUGCUCUUAUUGUGGUCAGUUCCCCCGGAUUUCUGCACAUAUCGGGUCUGGCGGAGCCGGUGGUUCGAGCCUACUCGCUGGUGACGGAACUGAUCUCCAGGUGUGAAGGCAACCAGGCCCGGGACACAGGGGAGCGAGGCGUGUGCGAGUCCCUGGAUUCACGGCGGGCCUUCAAGACUCUGGUGGAGAAAUGGGAGGACAGACACAUCCUGGAUCUGCUUGUACUGUCUGGGCCCGUGAAAGAAGUCCUUCUGGAUUUGGUGAAAGAGUCCGGCCUCGGCUUAAGCCCGGCGCCGUCCGAGGAGGGUUCAGGUGUGCAUAAGCAGACCCCCUGGGAUUCCUCUGGCUCUGCCGACCGAGCGGCAGAGGGGGUGCCUGCUAUUGCGUGUGGGGGUCUCGAGGCUUUACUCCCCCCUACAGGCUCAAGAGGGAGGGCUGAGGGGGCAGAGAGGACACCCCCACUCUCCCCGCAGGAGGUGGGAGAAGAGGAGUCUCAGGGAGGGGUGAAGGUGCCAGAGAGGCGAUCGGAGGACCAGGAGGUGCAGUCUUCGCCAACAAACAAGGAGUUCUGGCUCCUCCUGAAGUUUUUCACUGCCAUGGGGUACACAGAAGACGUGGUCAAACGAGUCCUUGCCAGAACUGGACUCAAGGAGGCUUCGCAGAUUCUGGACCUGGUUCAGCAGGAGCAGGACUGUAGUGAUCGGCAGCGGGAAAACCGCAGCUUUACCACCCGGGGAGACCCGGAUUUAAACCAGGAGCAAAACCGCCCCUGUGAGACGGAGCACAGAGAGGAGGAGGUGGGGACAGGGGACAGCAGGCAGGAGUGGAGCCGCGCGGAGGAUGAGGAGGCAGCAAUGGAGGAGGACUUUGUCCUGGGGGUGCUGAAGAAAGCAGCUGCCAGCUGCGGGUACACCGAGCAGAACGUGGCCAAAGUCUACAGCUCGCUGUCUGAAGGCUCCGCCCACCAGCUCCUGCUGGAGCUGCAGAGGGGGCAGGGCCACAACACCAGGGAGGGGCCUAGGGAGACUGAGGAAGAUGCCAUCCCAGAGAAAGAUGGAACAGAUCAGGCUGAAGGAGGAGAAAAGUCUGGGGACAAAGCGGGGGAUCAUCCUGUAAAGUCUGACAUUUUAGGGAGUAGCCCCCCCCAAAUGUUCGCUGACCUGCACUUCCCAAAGCUCAUCUUGCCUGAAGUCAAAGGUCCCCCCACAUCCAUAUAUCCCCCCUCUCUUGAUCCGCAGCUUCCUACUUUUCAACCCUGCAGAGAUUUCGGUCAGCCCCCCAACUGGUCCAUACAAGCCCCCCAACCCCAGAGCAGCGCCCCCAAGUACCCCCACCCUGUGAAACAACACCCCGUGCCUUCCUCCACAAACUCCGUCAGGACGAAGGAGAGGCAAGGCUUCAUGCCACCCCCUUCUCUGGUUGUGACGGGGGAGCAGCGCUUCUUGGAGGGGCUACAGACCCCCUUUAAGCUGAAGCUGACUGACCAGCCCGGGAACCCCUCCCUGAGGACCAUCAUCAUCGACGGGAGUAACGUAGCCAUGAGUCACGGUCUCGGUCACUUCUUCUCCUGUCGGGGGAUCGCUUUGGCCGUACAGCACUUCUGGGACCGAGGUCAUCGGAACAUCAGCGCUCUGAUCCCUCAGUGGAGGCAGAAAAGCGACUCCAGGAUCAAAGAGAAGCAUUACCUGACGGAGCUGCAGACGGUCGGCCUGCUCCACUACACCCCUUCCAGGGAGGUCCUAGGGAAGAGAAUCAGCUCGUACGAUGACAGACUGAUCCUGCAGCUGGCGCAGAAGACAGAUGGAGUGAUUGUAACCAACGACAACCUGAGAGACCUGCUGGAUGAGUCUGUGGUGUGGAGGGACAUCAUCAGGAAGAGGCUCCUGCAGUACACCUUUGUGGGGGACCUCUUCAUGGUCCCUGAUGACCCUCUGGGGAGGGGGGGGCCUCACCUGGACCAGUUUCUUAGCCUGCAACAGAGUUUCAGGACUGCGGUUCCAGGAAGCCACUCCUUUGCUGGUUUGUCUUCGACUCUCCCCUCUAAACCCCCCCGUUCCCAGACCGAAGUUCUGAACUUCCGUGACCGAACAGCAGUAGGUGCUUUAGGAGACGGGACAGGUCGCAGGCCCCCUGCCGGGCGCGCCCAGCGGGAGAACAGGACUGCAGAGCAAACGUCUGAGCUGAGGCUGAAGCUGUGCCAGGUCUUCCCCGGUCAGGACAGCAUGGUGGCGCUGCAGCUGCAGCUCCACCCCGCAGAGACAGAUGUCAACCUGCUGUCCAGUUUCAUCCUAGAGCAGCAGGACUAAAAUCUCCUGAAGUUUUUUUCAAUCUUUCUUUUUUUUGGAUCAGCAGUGUUUUUUUUGCUUCAGCUGUAUUCCAUUGAAGCAGCUUUAUUUUGUGUGUGGGGAGCCGUGAAAACAUUCUGGAUAGAAUGAAAUGAUUUCCAUUUGUCACAUGUCCUCCAUGUGAAGGUGAUCAUGAUUUUCCAGAUUAUAUUUAUAGACAAUGUUAAUAAUUUGAAAUGCAGGCUUUAAUCUAGCUGAUUUAGUCAUUUUACAAACUCUUUUUUACAAACUUUUACUAUUAAAUUAUUAUUAAAGGUUUUUCAAAGGAGUUCCUGGGAUCUUCUGUCAGGCUCUUUCAUGAAAGCAAAGGCCCCCUGCUUGACAGCAGUCUACAGUUUAAGCAGCCCUCUCAGACUCCCGGCCUCCUGCUGGUUUUUCAGAAAUCCUGCCUCGUCUGCUGCUGAUUACCUGGAUCUGGUUGUUUAGCCAGUGAGGAGCUUCAUUAGCAGAUUAAUUUAAAAUCAUGUAGGACACAGGCCUGGCGUUUGAGCCCUGGGGUUUAAGGUGAUCUCUGAUCUCAGAAGUGGAACAGUGCAUGUCCCCUUGGUCUGGCCCUGGUCUGGGUGGGGGAUGUGAUUGCCCUGCGGGUGGAUUUCCUCGAUCUGCUAUACCACCUGGGUGUCGGGGUUCCUGGCUACUACUGCUGCUUUGGCGGGGGUCUUGGUGUGGAGGUGAAUGGGCCCUUCCUCUUUUUACAUUCCAUCAAGAGGACAGGUGUUAGCUCACCUUUGCACAAUAGUACACAUGACUGAAUGAUAAAUGCUUUACAUGUGAUGGUUUGUAUGCAUAUGUAUGUGUGUGAACUGUAGUUGUAUUGUGUACGUGUUGACAUGUACAAUAUGAAGAGUUUUGGAGCCAAGAGGCGUGUUUGUAAAAUUUAAGUGUGCGUGGACAGGCCCCGCCCCUUUUGGACUAACAUUUGCACCCGACAGUAAUGAUUAUAAACUUCCAGCAACUUGUUGCUGUAUGAUUCUACCCCCGCUUCUAUAAUCAUCCUCCUAUUUACUUUAUGCCCCCUUUCUCCCUUUUGUGCCCUUACCCCUCCCCAACAUCCCUCUCUUCUUCCCUCCUCCUCUUUUCCAUCUAAUCCAACUGAUACAAAUACAAUAUAAAUAAAGUUGUGGCCUAAAUUACAAAAGGGGUUUAUGCAAAUAUAAACCUUGUGAAUAAGAAGAUUCAUAAACCUCUAUUGUAACAGUAAAAUAUGUCCAAC